UGGGGAAAGAGAAGUUGGAACCGACCAAUUAUUAUUAGAACACACUUCUCUUCCCACCUUUGUUCGAUUUGAUCUCCACUUUGGUCGCUUGUUAUCUUCUUAUACCUCUCUCGAAUUCGUUUCUAUCGUCUGUCAGAACUCAUCGAUGGCAUCCAUGAGUUCCGCCUUGACUCGCUUCUCUGGACUCUCUUCUAAAACCACCUUAUCACCGGACUUCGAUCACUCCUCUCGCCGGACUUUUCUACCUCCGAACAGAGUCGGUCUCAAGAUCUCCUCUUCUUCUUCUUCCGCCGCCCCAGACUCCGAGCCUGAUCUCAGCGUCACCGUAAACGGCCUGAAAAUGCCGAACCCGUUCGUGAUCGGGUCGGGUCCACCCGGUACCAACUACACCGUCAUGAAGAGAGCCUUCGAUGAAGGCUGGGGUGGCGUCAUCGCCAAAACCGUGUCACUAGAUGCAUCCAAAGUCAUCAACGUGACUCCUCGAUACGCAAGGCUAAAGACCGGAUCCAACGGCUCAGCCAAAACAGAUGUGAUCGGGUGGCAGAACAUAGAACUCAUCAGUGACCGACCUCUCGAAACCAUGCUCAAAGAGUUUAAGCAGCUGAAACAAGAGUACCCUGAUCGGAUCCUCAUCGCUUCCAUCAUGGAGGAAUACAGCAAAACCGGCUGGGAAGAGCUCAUUGAUCGCGUUGAGCAAACCGGUGUUGAUGCUUUAGAGAUCAACUUCUCGUGUCCUCAUGGUAUGCCAGAGCGUAGAAUGGGAGCAGCUGUGGGACAAGACUGUGCACUUCUGGAGGAGGUUUGCGGUUGGAUUAAUGCUAAAGCUACUGUUCCUGUUUGGGCUAAGAUGACUCCUAAUAUCACUGACAUUACUGAGCCGGCUAGGGUAUCUCUAAAAUCAGGAUGUGAAGGGAUUGCAGCCAUCAAUACAAUCAUGAGUGUGAUGGGAAUCGAUCUGAAGACACUGCAUCCUGAGCCAUGCGUUGAAGGUUACUCAACUCCAGGAGGUUACUCUUAUAAGGCUGUUCGCCCAAUCGCGCUUGCGAAAGUUAUGAACAUUGCUCAAAUGAUGAAGUCUGAGUUUGGUGGGAAAGAUUACUCGCUUUCCGGUAUUGGAGGUGUUGAAACUGGCUAUGACGCAGCUGAGUUCAUUCUCCUCGGAUCAAAUACUGUUCAGGUAUGCACUGGUGUGAUGGUGCAUGGCUAUGGUCAUGUGAAAACCCUAUGCGCUGAGCUUCAAGAUUUCAUGAAACAACACAACUUCUCGACAAUAGAAGACUUCAGAGGGCAUUCUCUUCAGUACUUUACAACACACACAGAUUUAGUCAGGAGACAGAAAGAAGCUAUUGAGCAGCGAAAAGCCGAGAGGAAAGGCUUGAAAUCUGAUAAAGAUUGGACCGGUGAUGGGUUCGUGAAGGAGACUGAAAGUAUGGUUUCUAACUAAUAGCCUGAAGAAGUUAUUGUCCCAAAUGUUUUAUAAAGUUUGAAACUUUACUAUCGUUUUACAUCAUUUCUUAAGUCUCACUUGGAAAUAAAAAAAGAAAACUAAGGUGUACUGUAUCUUAUUUUCUUUUCGUUGUGUAUCACUUGUACAAUGUAUCCAUUGUCACCACUUCUUUUUUUCUUUCUAGCUGGUAACAGUGAGAUUGUUAAAUUGGUCUGUUGGCAAAAUAUCUAUACGAGUUUACGCCUUUAAUUA